AUGUCAUCUUCCAUUCGAAGAAGUUCUCGGUCAAGUGCACAAAGCCAGAAAUAUAGACCAAUUUUUCAUUCAAGUGAUGAAGAAUCUCUACCAGAGAUUGACAUUUGUGGAGACAAUGACAGUGAUUAUGAGCCGGACUCUGAGGAUGAUCCUUCUUCUCCUAUAGAAGUCGUACCCUCUGCCCCCAUGGAAGAAGAUGAUAUUCCUCCUUCUGACCUGCAGGAGGACACCACUCCCCUUUCCGCAGACGAAGAGAACGACCCUUCCGCCAACGAAGAGAAUGAUCCUUCCUUGAAUCCGGAGCACGAGGAAGUCACAUAUUUACUCUCCUCAGAUCAACGUCCAAAGAAGAAAGUGAGAUUUCAAUUACUCUCAAGUUCACCAGAGUUGAUAUUGAGCCUUUCAGGAGGAUUUAUGAUCACGGAUUUGAUACCCGGGCAUGACAAUAAGACCCCAAUGAUCAGUACCGAAAACAUCGCCAAUGUGGAGAAUUGUCAUCAACUUAGGCAUGCGCAGGCCACUCAUGUGGCGGAUUCUCAAUGUGGCGGAACAGGGAUUUUGACUCACUUCGGACGCGCGGACCAUGGUACGGCGGUGGCCGGGAAGUCCUAUCUCUCAACUCAUUACAGAGCCUUUGGAGCUCCCAGUCUCUUCUGGGAGUGGAAUAUGCGUCGAGCUGGUAUCAACGACCCUUCACGUUGGGAACUGGAACACGCCGAUGUGCUCACCGCCAAGGGAAGACCCGACUUGGCUGAAUGUGUCCUCGUUCAUAGUCGCAAGUAUCAACGCCUCAAGGAUCUUCUUCGAAGAGGUCUUGGUGUCAUCAAGGGCGUGAUUGCCACAAAGCGGGCGUUUCUGGGAUUAGAGGAUGAUCACGUCAACGAACAGCUAAAAACAAUGGCCAAAUGGGUACAUCAGCAGAUGUCUUUCCGAACGGAUGAUCCAAAAAUCAAGCAGCUGAUAAACGUGCAAGAGGAUUGGGGCGCGGAGGCUGAAGGACGGAAGAGAAGGGCGGCGAGUCGACCGGCCUACUUUAUUUCAGGGUACCAUGACGGCCAGGAUGGAGAUGGAAACUACCGGCCAAUUGAGAACCUACCUGGUAGUGGAUCAAGCUCAUCACAGGCAUUGAUGAGAGUAUGUUGGACAGCUCUCAUCAUACGAUAUAUGUCGGGGGAAGUUGGAGUCGAUUCUCCAAAGGCAAUACCUGGAGCACCUAGGGCUGAAUAG